CCCGGGCCAACCAAUGGAGAAGCUCCAACGCUGGUCCAUAAAAUCUGAAAUUGAACUUGUGGCCUAAAGUUAGCCCUGUUUUCUCAUCGAUUGUCAUUCGCAAUGGCCUCUACUGCUACUCUCCGUAAGAAAAACGCAACAUACCAGAACAACGUCCACAAGCGUGGCCACGUAAAGGACACUUUGAAAACAAAGAAGGACUGGCAACUUCCUGUGUCACUGCCCGUACUGGCUAUUCUCGCUUUCACUGUCUUUGGAGGAGCUUUCCUUGCUAUUAUGCAGAUGUUCUUCUAAAGAAAUCAUGAUCCAACCCACAAAGCAUUGAGUUAACCAAUGUUCACUGCUUCCGUCUUAUGGAGACUACCCCCAUACCAUCAGUGUCAGUCAGUAUGUAUAUACGUAGUAACAUUUCUUUAUUCCGACCCUUUCAAAACCCUGUAGCU